AUGACUCUGCCGAGUAUCAGGAGGUCUUUUGUUACAUAUCUGGUGCUGCUGUUGUUGGAUUGUUACUGGGGAUCGGCGUCUGGGCAGCUCUCAUACUCCGUUUCAGAGGAGGCAAACCCUGGAACUAAUGUCGGGAAUAUCGCCAAGGAUCUAAACCUCAACGUGCAGGAUUUGGAGACGCGUUCGUUUCAAAUUGUUACCGGAUCCAAGAGGAAAUAUUUCGAUGUGAAUUUAAAGACCGGAUUUCUGUACGUCAAUGACAGGAUAGACCGAGAGGAGCUGUGCGCGGAUGAACCUAAAUGCACCGUCAGCGUAGAGGCUGUGAUUAACAACCCAUUGAAGCUUUACCGCGUCGAGGUAGAAAUCAAAGAUGUGAAUGACCACUCUCCAUCAUUUAACACAAAAUCUCAGAUGCUGGACAUUGCAGAGAACACAGUGCCCGGGUUCAGAUUCGCGUUAUCGGAGGCAAGUGAUGCUGAUGUAGGUAAACAUGGCGUUAGUGCGUAUAAGCUCAGUCCGAAUGAAUACUUCAGUCUUGCGACACACAAAAGAGGGGAGAGUAUAUCUCCAGAGUUAGUGCUGCAGAAAGCUCUGGACCGGGAGAACAAGCCACACCUACGGCUCCUGUUAACAGCAUUAGACGGAGGGUCGCCACCAAAUUCAGGCACAUCAGAAAUUGAAAUAAAUAUACUUGACAAUAAUGAUAACGCACCGAUGUUCAGUAAUAUUCUAUACAAAAUCAAAAUUUUGGAAAAUAUCCCCAUUGGCACGGGAGUCUUCACCUUAAAUGCAACCGACGCAGAUGAAGGUCCAAACAGUGAAAUAGUAUAUUCUCUUCGUAGCAAGGAUCAGGAUCACAUUCUGGAUGUUUUCAAAAUUGACGCUGACACGGGGAUCAUUUCAGUGAAAGGAAAAAUCGACUAUGAGGAAAGAAGAGCUUUUGAAAUCCGGGCAGAGGCGAGAGACAAAGGCCAGCCUCCGAUGUCUGCUCAUAGUAAAGUGCUGGUGGAAGUGAUUGACGUAAAUGACAACGCUCCGGAAAUCACUGUGACGUCACUGCUCAAUACAGUGAACGAGGACGCUGGUGCAGGAACUGCUAUUGCACUCGUAUCAGUUCUAGACAGAGACAGUGGCAGAAACGGUGAAGUUAAAUGUGAGAUCUUGAACAAAGUCCCGUUCAAGUUGGAGACAAAUUACAAAAACUAUUUUUCUUUGGUGGUUGAUGGGCAUCUCGAUAGAGAGGUCACUCCACAGUACAAUAUAACUAUUUCAGCUACAGAUGAAGGGAGUCCUCAUCUGUCCAAUGUCAGUUUCAUUACUGUCCACAUAUCUGAUGUUAAUGACAAUAUGCCUUAUUUCCAAGAACCAGUGAUAAAAGUUUAUGUGAAAGAAAACGGUAAAGUAGGAACAGUAAUUAAAACAGUGACUGCAAUGGAUGCAGACACCAGCAACAAUGGACAGGUGAGCUACUCGAUUUUAGACAGUAGUAGUAAAUCUCUUUCAAUUCCCACAUUGGUGAACAUCAACUCAGAGACAGGAGAAAUAAUCAGUCUGCAGUCGUUUAACUUCGAGGAGUUAAAAACGUUUCAGUUUAAAGUUCAGGCCACAGACUCUGGUGUUCCUCCGCUCAGCAGCAAUUUACAGAUACAAAUUAAUGUUCUGGAUGUAAACGACAAUUCACCCGUGUUCAGUAAAUCUCUCUACAAAGUCCAAGUGGUUGAAAAUGCAAAUGUUGGCACGAAGUUACUGACGCUGACAGCCACUGAUUUAGAUGACGGUGUUAAUGGUCAGCUUGUAUAUUCUUUCACGGAGAGGGGUCGUUUAAAUCCCGAUGAUAAAUUUGCUCUGAAUGAUAAAACUGGAGAAAUAACCGUAAAAGGUGAUAUUGAUUAUGAGGAAAAUCAAGCCUAUGAGAUUCGUGUUCAAGCGCGAGAUAAAGGCAAUCCUCCUCGCAGUGCGCACAGCAAGGUUUUAGUCGAAGUUAUCGAUGUGAAUGACAACGCUCCGGAAAUCUCUGUGUCAUCACUUAUGAGUCCAGUUAAGGAAGACGCUGAAAUAGGCACAGCUGUUGCUAUGGUGACUGUCACCGAUAAAGACGGAGGCAAAAAUGGCGAGACACACUCUACUCAGCAGUAUGACGUCUGCUUCAGCUCAGACACGCUCAAGAGUGACGUAGUGGUUUUCCCCGGACCGUUUCCGCCUGUAGAUGCGGAGCUGAUCAGUAUUAACGGAGGAGACACUUUCAACAGGACUCAGACUUUACCCACCAAAGAGAAGGAGGAUUGA